UACAUGGCAUAGAAAUGAAACUCUCGAUAGCACUAGACACGGUCAUCUUAGUCUUUGCGGCUAUUUGCCAACAAGGUCUGACGGCUGCUCACUACUCAAUACCGACUCGAAUUGCCACGUUCACGCUGUUCUUGUGCGCAGUGUUCUUGUUUACCUCGUACGCGGCUUGUAUCGUAGUACUACUGCAGUCGGCAAGCCGGACGAUUAACACCAUCGUCGACUUGGCAGACAAACCGAUUACGUUCAGCGCACAGGACACCAGACACAAUUAUAUAUAUUUCAAUGAAACAGUCGAUAAAAAUAUUAAGAAAAUCUAUCUCGAAAAGAUGAAACCACAAGGUACCAGGGCGUUUACGAGUCCGGAAAUAGGCGUGGAACGGGUUCGAAAUGAAUUUCAUUCGUAUUUGGUGGAAAUCACGUUGGCAUAUCAUAUAAUAGCUAAGACAUGGCAAGAACAUGAAAAAUGCAGUUUAUCUGAAACGGAGUUAUAUAAAAUACCACUUCUUACUUUAUACAUUGUAAAAAAAUCAGGAUACAAAGACGUAUUUAAACAAAAGAUGAUACAACAACAUGAAAUCGGCUUAAAAUAUCGAAUCACCAAGAACAUAAUGCCACAAAAACAAAAGUGUGUUUCAUCGAACUCGGGCGCAAUACACUUCGACAGCGUUUCCAUGAAAGAAAUCUAUCCAGCAUUAAUAUUUCUCGGUUACGGUAUAUGCGUUUCGUGCCAAUGGAACAGGUGUAACAAGGGUCCAACACUAACAACACAAUAA